AUGUGCCGGCUUAUGUUCCAUUACGCAAUAUGCGGUUUAAAAGAAUGUUACACAUUGGUAGAGUUUUCUCUUCUCCUUCUUUUGUCAGUCACUCCUUUGUCUUCAUCUUUUUCUCCGACUGACAAAGUCACAAAUGAAUCACUCAAACAACUCUGCUCAAAACCGGGAAUAAACAGACCCUUCUGCAUCUUUUGGCUCGCUGAUCCAAAAACGUUCACCCUCGACUUCAACGGUCUUCUCGGUUUGGUCCUCGAAAAGACGCGUUUUCAGGGCUAUACUAACCUAGCGUUGAUUAAAAGUGAAGCAUCUUUCACGACUGAUCAGACGCUCAAGAUCCCGUAUGGGACUUGCACAACAUAUUAUGACCCAGCCAUUAAAUUGAUCGAGGAAGCUAUAGGGUUUGCUAGCUCUAAGAACUACCAGUUAACAUCUCUGGUUGCUGCGAAAGCCCUUAAAAGUAUAACUGUGUGUGAUGCUGCCCUUGCAGGACGUCAUAAUGUGCUGAUUUAUGUUCCACAACGCAAUUUUGAUUUUGAAAGAAUCUGUAACAUUGUUAGAGUUCUCUCUGACGUUUUGAGGUCCUGA